AUGGGGGCGUGCGGCAGCGUUGUGGAGCCCCCCGAGGUAGGCGGGAACCUCAUCCAGCUCAGCGCCGCCACUAUCGUCUUCGGUGUCGCCUCUGGCGCCAACCUGCACAGCAAGCCCAUGAGCUGGCGCAAUGCCCCGUAUAUGUGGCGCCAGUGGCCUGAGUACAACGAGGAUGGCACCGGCGUCUUCGCCUCCCUCGCAGAGGCCGUUUUCUUCGUGGGCUCGACGCCGGCGGCGGCGUCACCAGAUCUUUCACUGACCUUCUUUGCGACCCCCAACGUGCUGUGGUGCGGGUGGCGGCCAUUUGACGGGUUUGCGGUUCGGGUGGCGCACCACUACUCAGAGAGCCGCGGGGAGGUCGACGUGGUCGACGUGCACCGCCUGCGCAUCACCAGCCGCAUGUUUGCCGUGCAGCACGACGUGCAGUGCAUGGAUGAGGGCGUACGCUGGGUGGGUUCGCUGGUGACCGACGCACGGUACGCGCAUCAUACGGAUGCCCAGGGGCGGCCUACCUCACCGUUCGCCUCGCUCGGUGUGCACGUGCGCCACCCGCGGAGUGCCCUGCACACGCAGCGAGGGGCCGCCGCCUUUUUGGCGCAGUAUGCUUAG